AUGUCCGCUCGUACAGUCGAUAUCCCCGCCGACGUCAAGGACGCUCUCAAGGCCUUCCGCUUCAACAACCGCAAAGGCAAUGCAGCAAUCUCCAUCAAGAUCGUCAAGUCUACCCUCGUCAUGGCCGUCGAUGAAGAGUUUGCCGACCUGAGCAUUGAGGAGAUUGCCGAGGAGCUUCCCGAGAACUCACCUCGCUAUGUCCUCCUGUCUCAUGAACUGAAACACAAGGACGGUCGUAUCUCGGCUCCUUCCUCGUCUCCCACCGACCUCAUGACGCUCCACGCGUCCUCCCUCUCGUACUUUCAGCAAACCGCCGAGGUGGCCAAGGUCCUCGAGGUCCGCGACGGCGAGGAGGGCUUGACGCAGGAGGCUGUCGAUGACAAGCUGCUGCAGUCUUGA